AUGAGUCAGGGGCAGCCGAGGAGGCCGCGCGAGGGCGGUGGAGUCCCCGUGCAGGACCGGCCGGUGCGGUACGGUGACGUGUUCGACGUCUCCGGCGAGCUUGCCGGCGAGCGUGUCGCUCCUAGAGACGCCGCGCUGCUGCAGUCGGCGGAGCAGACCGUGCUCGGCGAGACGCAGAGGGGCGGGCCGGCGGCCGCCAUGCAGUCCGCCGCGGGGAUCAACGCGCGGGCCGGCCACGUCGGCCGAGGGCAGGUCACCGGCCCCGUCGCCGACGCUGGCGUCGCCGUCACCGAGACCGAGCUCCCCGGGCGCCGCGUCGUCACCGAGUCCGUCGCCGGGCAGGUGGUGGGGCGGCUGGUCACCCCGGCACCGGUGUUCUUGACCGAGCCGUCCGGCGCGCUGGACAAGGACGCCGUCACGAUCGGCCGCGCGCUGGAGGCCGCAGCGGCCGCGACCGCCGCGGCGGGCAAGCCGGUGGACCAGAGCGACGCGGCGGCCGUCGUGGCCGCAGAGAUGCGCGCGACGGGGUCCGGCGUCACCGUCCCGGGGGGCGUCGGCUCCGCGGCGCAGGCCGCCGCGGACCACAACGCCGCCCACGCCGCGCGCGACGAGGACAAGAUCAAGCUCCGGGACGUCCUGACGGAUGCGAGGGAGAGGCUGCUGGCGGACAAGGCGGCGACGAAGCUCGACGCCGAGGGGGUGGCGCUGGCCGAGGCGCGGAACAAGCCGGACAUGGCGAUCACGCCGGACGGCGUGGCGGACGCGGUGACGGCGGCGGCGCGGCUCAACCAGGAGCGCCCGUAG